CAUAAUUUAAUAUAGCAGUUUUGUUAAGUAGGCAAUGCAGCUUCUUAACUUCUACGACAGCAAAUUAGAAUGCACAAGGUUUUGAAUUCCUUGCACAAGGUUUUGAAUUCCUUACAAAAGUAGGAGAAACUGCAUUUUUCCAGUACGCAUGAUUUUGUAUCCUUUCUGAAAGCAGGAAGCAACACACUGUUAAUCGCAGUCAGACAGAUAACAGCAUUUCCUGGGAAGGUCAAUUGAACUGCAUUGUUUACAGAGGUGUUUUGAUUCUCUUUCGGUGGCUACAAAUUCAUUCAAACGAAUUUCAGUGACUUUGGCCGGUGAUCUUGGAUUAACUAUGGACCAACAGUACAAAUUCCAUGCUUGGAUGUGAUUCCACCAUUGUGAGCCUGAUGUACAGAGGAGGAAAGAUGGCAGACCAUCUUCCCUCAGGGUUACUGGAAGCAUGUGUUGUCGUCGGAGCCUCUGGGGAUAAACUCAAGGAUGUCUACCAGUCUCUACAGCAGGGCAACACGACAACAGACAUCCUUUCUUUAGACCCAGAGGUCUUGCAAGUCCACGUGCCUCCAUUUGUGACCAAAGAGAAUGCAGAUGAGUCUGUUGUCCCCAGAACCAUCAGUCGAGUCCAGUGCAGACGGUCCUUCAUCAAGAAGAAGGAGAGGCCAGUGGUGGCUCGUAGUGGCCCUGGAGGGGCCGGGAGCAGUGAGGGGGCCACUGUCACGGAGGAUAUCAGCGUCCCCAAGGACAUCGACCUCAUGGCCCUGCCCCAACUCUGCUUUCCAGGGGGGCUUCAAGUAACAAAUGAACCAAAAGAAGAGCGUUUUCACUUUCUAGUCUUCACGGAUGUGUUCGGUAACCAAACCCAUGGAGUGGUUGUUCAGUGUUGUAGACCAUUUCAGGAAGGGUCAGUGUUCUAUCAGAAUGGACACUGGUCGUCCACCAGGACCACUAAGCUCUACACUGCUUAUGCCAUCUGUGUCAUAUCCAAGCAUCCUUAUUACAAUGCUCUGAAGGACUGUCUGUCUUGUUUGCUGGUGCAGCUUAGAACAUGCCGGUUGUCUGAAGAGAGGGUGAAGGAAUUUGCAGCCAAACUGUCUCUAGUGCCCAUUCCACCUCCUGGACAACUACAUGUGGUGUUCAACCUGAGACCCCUGAUGAUCAUACUGCCUUCCAGAGAGGAUAAGGAACACCCCGCUGUAGACCUGGACCUCCAUUUGCCCUUCCUGUGCUUUAGAUCCAAACAGAUUUUACAGAUCAUCACUGGUAUUCUGAUGGAGCAGAGGGUAGUGUUCUUCUCAGCUGACUGGGCCCGCCUCACCCUGGUGGCAGAGUGUUUCAUGCUCUACAUCCACCCCCUCCACUGGCAGCACCCCUACGUACCCAUCCUCUCAGCCCAGAUGCUGGACUUCGUCAUGGCUCCCACCGCCUUCCUCAUGGGCUGCCACCUCAACCACUUUGAGGAGGUCGCUGCGGAAACAGACGACCUGAUCUUGAUUAAUAUUGAUGAUGGAACAGUGUCUUCCUCCUGCUCAGAGACUGUUGACCUACCAGACGUCCCCUUCGCUUCGGCAGAGUGUUUUACCAAGCGGAGGAAGGGCCUCCAGCUACAAUAUGAUCUAGAGGUGUGUCACCAAGGGGCCGGCACAGACGUUAAUGAGAUGCGCAUGCUGAGAAGACAAUGGCAGCAGAACCUGAACUGGGAAAUACAGAAGGUUACCUUGGAGCUCAUUGUCAACAUGUUCAGGGAUGUCAGUGGUCACCUGAACUAUGAACACAGAGUGUUUAACAGUGAAGAGUUCCUGAAGACCAGAGAGCUAGCUGACCAACCCUUUUAUAAAAAGGUCUUGGAGACACACAUCUUUCAUUCAUUCCUGAAGGACCGCCUCAAUAGAAAGAUGGAUGCUUUCACACACAUGGAAGUCAACACUCGCUCAGAGACACAGAAAAUGAAAGCGAUGACAGACAACCCCAGGAGGCCCACCAUGCAGGAAAUGGCCAGGAAGUACAGCAGCGACCCAGAGAACCGUCUGAACAAGAGGCUGGGGAUGAGCCUCCCCAACCUGGGAGAGGAGCGCCACCUCAACCUCCUCAGACAAACCUCCCUCAAGAAGAUCAUUAUCCCUGAAAGUGCCUUCAAGAUCCCGCCCAAGCCUGUGAAGAUCUUCAAGCUGCCAGAAUUUCCUCCUCCCAUGGUGCACCACCAUGUCCAGAACUACUAUGGAGAGUUGAUCAUACUACUGGGGAAGGCCAUCUUCUGUGUUCCUCCUGAGAACUCCACCCUCCUGGCCAGGUACUUCUACCUGCGCGGCUUCAUGAACACGCUGUGUUCCAAGCGUCUAGAUGCCCUCAGCGACUUCCAGAACCUCUACAAGACGGACAUCGAGAUCUUCCCCACCGACCUGGUGAAGGCGCUAGUGGACUCGCUGCAGAAGGACGAGCGCUCCCAGGCGGACCGGCGACCAGAGCUCAAGCGGCUCAUCUUCAAGGUGAAAACAGACAACGAGAUGGUGCUGGUCCAAGCUGACGACCACGUGAAGAAGUUUCAGCUCCCUAAGACCCACAUGUUGCAGGAGGACUUUGUGAAGCGCAUCCAGGAGUCUGGGAUUGUGAAAGACGUCGCCACCAUCCAUAGGCUGUUUGAGGCUCUCACUGUGGGUAAGUUGAGACUUACCAUUCAUAGGCUGUUUGAGGCUCUCACUGUGGGGCAACAGAAGCAGAUUGACCCAGAGGUGUUCCGUGUGUUCUACACCUUCUGGAAGGAGACGGAGGUGGAGGCCCAGGACGUUCACCUGCCAGCUGAGGUCAUAGAGCACCUGGACAACAACGAGUGUGUCUACAAGCUGUCCUGCUCCGUCAAAACCAACCAGGGAGUGGGUAAGAUCGCCAUGACACAGAAGAGGCUCUUCCUGCUCACUGACGGGAGGCCUGGGUUUAUCGAGAUCACCAAGUUCAGAGACAUAAAGGAGGUGAAAAUCUCCUUUGCUCCUUUCCUGCUGCUGAGGAUCCCGUCUCUGAAGAUCAAGUGCAGUCUGAGGAAGGAGGUGUUUGAGGCCAACCUGAAAUCUGCGUGUGACCUGUGGAAUCUCAUGGUCAGAGAGAUGUGGGCUGGGAGGAUGAUGGCAGACGACCACAAGGAUCCUCAGUACAUGCAGCAGGCUUUGACUAACGUCUUGCUCAUGGAUGCUGUGGUUGGGUGCCUUCAGACCCAGAAGGCCGUAUUUGCCGCCUCCAAACUGGCAUACUUUGACAGAGUGAAACAUGAAGCAGUUCCUAUGAUGGUUCCAAAGACAACAUCGGAGACGUUGAAACACAAGAUCAAUCCAUCGCUAGACCUCCCAGCUCCACAGACUGUACACGUCUUACUCUACACACCAGGCCAGUUGAGUUACUCGGAGGUAGACGGAGAUGGGAACCCCAAGCUGUGGUGUGCCCUCAGUGGUGGGAGGGUGGUUGUGUUUGAUGCAGCCAGCUGGUCCAUGCAGCAGAACUGUAUUCAAGUGGGAUCCUCCCAACUGAACUGCAUGCUGGGAUUGGACCAGGAUCAAGUAUGGAUUGGCUCCCAGGAUUCCAUCAUUUACAUAAUUGACACUUGCAGCAUGUCCUGCAAUAAGCAGCUGACAGAGCACCGGCAUGAGGUUAUGGACUUUGCCCUGGAGGAGAGUGACAAGAUGAGCCAGACAUACUCCUGUAGUGCCGAUGGAACAGUCAUUCUGUGGGACCUCUCAACACUAAAAGUGAAAAAGCAGUUUCAACUGACCUGUGAUAGGCUUAUGUCCAUUCAGCUCUUCAAUGGAACACUGUGGUGCUGUGCCAGAGACGGCAUCGUUGAACUGAGGAAGAACGGAACGCCACAUCGUAAGAUGACACUUCCUGAGGAUCUACAGAACAUGCCCACUGAGUUCAGCAGCCUCAUCCUCUUCUUGGAGAGGGGCCAGUUGUGGACGAGCUGUUCUGAUUCUGACGAGCUCUGUCUGUGGCACUGUAAAGACCUGACCAAGCCUUUCCUGAGGGUGCAGCUGCAGAACUGUACAGGGGUCAACUGUAUGAUCAAGGUUAAGAAUCAGAUCUGGGUUGGCUGCAGCGGGCCGAGCCCUGACCAGUGCAGGAGGAGUGGGAAGAUCUACAUAGUGGACACAGAGAGCCACAGUGUAGAGAAGGAGCUGAUGGCCCACACAGACAGUGUCCAGGCACUGUGCUCUGCAGAGGGCCGCUAUGUACUCAGCGGCUCCGCCUGCCAGGAUGGAAAAAUCGCCAUUUGGAAGGUUGAGUAGAGGACGAGUAGCCUGGUCCAGUAUCUGUUUGUGUGGUUUUGCCAAAUCUUUUAAGUGAAUAAAAUGUUUGGCACAACAAUGACAGGAGUUUCCUAAACAGCAGAAAUAGAUGUGGGACCAGGUUAGAGGAAGAGCCCUGCAGACCCUGAGGAGUCCUACAGGUCUGAAGAAAGAAAGGCCCUCAAACUCAACUCUGAACCUGGAAGCCAGUUCCACUGCUUUGUUUCAUUGUUCCCCUCUAAUCAGGGACUGAUUUAGACCUGGGACAUCAGGUGGUUGCAAUGAAUUAGCAGGUAGAACAGAAAAGCAGCAGGCUCUGGAACUCGUAGGGUCAGAUUUGAACGUCCCUGCUAUAGACUAUAAAUUGUUCUUAUUUUCCCUGAACACCUCAGAGAGACAGUGAGCUUCUAAAUGUUUUUUCAAAGCUUUGUUCUAAAAUGUGCUUUUCCUGUAUUAAAGACUCAAGGUUGGCCAUUUUGUUUUUCACAUCCUUCCACGUCUGUGUCCCAAAUGGCCCCACGCUGCUCCACCUUGUGGUCUGCCCCCCAACCCCACCACGCUGCUCCACCUUGUGGUCUGCCCCCCAACCCCACCACGCUGCUCCACCUUGUGGUCUGCCC